GUGUCAGGUUCGUUGGAGGAAGAAGAAGAAGAAGAGAUGUUUGUUCUCAUCUGGGCGACUCUGCUUUUCUCUGUGAGACUCAGUGAUGCUGAGACAGGUUCUUCAGUGUGGGGGAAACAAAGUUGUCCGUUGACAGAUUACUGUAUCACUCUAGUUGAAGGAGAAAUAACAGCGGAGGCCGGACUCUGUGUCGUGAUACCAUGCUCCUUCACUGUUCCUGAGGAUAUCAAAGUCUUACAUAUAGUUUGGUUGAAAUGUGAAUCGACCAAACAGAGAUGUGGUUAUGGAGAAAUGAUUUUCAACAGUAACACCUCCAGCGAUCAGGUUCAGUCGGAGUUUAAAGGACGAGUGUCACUGCUGGAGUCUGAUGUGAGCCAGAAAAACUGCAGCAUCAUCGUCAAUGACCUGAAGGAGUCGGACUCUGGAACAUAUCAACUCAGAGUUGAAGCUUCACCGAGGAGAGGUUCAUAUAAAUUCUCCCAAAGAGCAACUGUCUCUGUUCAAGGUCUGAGUCAGAGGCCCACAGUGAUGAUUCCACCUCUGACUGAAGGACAGCUGACCACACUGACCUGCACUGCUCCUGGUCUCUGCUCUGGAUCUGAACCUACAUUCACCUGGAGGUGGGGAGGAAGAGGAGAGAGCGACGCUGACCUCACAGGAAACAUCACGGCCUUCAAAACUGAGAAUGUGGCUGCGUUCGCUAAGAGACGCAGCUCGACUCUGUCCUUCUCCCCUUCAGCUGAACAUCACGGAACCAACAUCACCUGCACGGUCCUCUUCCAAGGACACGUGAGCACAGAGGAGACGGCGACUCUGAGUGUGAGCUGUGAGUAG